AUCGUUUUUAUGGAAACACAAAACAUUUAUUGUGAAAUUUUGAAAAAUACGAAAAAAAUAACCGAUGCACUCCUAUUAAGGACAACCUGUUGCGAAUGAAUGUUCAUUCAUUUUCGUGUAUUUUAAACAUAUAUUUAAUAAAACCUCCUAGAGGGAAAAGAAAAAAAAAUCGAAAAUAGCUAAGGAAGUUAUAUGCCAAUUAUAAUUAUAGCAUCGAAUUCACUGCUGAAAGACGGUGAAGAUUUUUUUUCUAUUUAUCCGUGUGAUUUACACGAGAUUAUUAUAAUUACUUCAUGGAAAACAGCUGUGUUAUCAUAAUCACGCCAAAAAAGAAAAAGAAAAUAAAUGACCAUCUCUGAAAGUGACCGGUUGAAAGUGACAUAAUCAUUUGCUGAAUAAAGCAUAUAAUAGUAUAAAUGGUACAUUUCACUUUUCAUAGAUGAUAUUCUCGUUGUAUCUAUACUUUUCUGACGACAUCUUUUGUUGAAUAAAUCAAGAGAAACAAUGACUUUUGUUAACCAGACUGACGAGAAAAACUUGUAUAUAAACAGAGAAUGAACAUAGUCAGUCAUAUACCGAAUAAGUAUUUUUUGACAUCAACGAAUAGUUAAGACAAUUUUUAUUUUAUAAUGCUUUAUUCAAUUUUAAUAUACAUUCUAUUUACAAAUAUUCAACGGUUGGUUUUUACAGCAUUGCCUCCACCACCUCGUAAGUAAAAUAAACAACUUUUGUUUAAAACUGCAAUAAAAAAUAAGUACACUUUGGAUUUUCAUUGAUUAGCGAAGUAAAAUCUUCAGGUCCUUAGUAAAAAAAUGUUAUUUAAAAUCGAUUGAAGUUUCUAACUGAGAAAUUGUUUCAUUUUGAGGAAUUAUUUUGAAAAUAAACGAAAAACCGCGGCAAAACAUGAUAGGAAAUCGUAAGAUUUUUUACAUUGAGAAAUUAACAUUAUCGAUUUUUUUAUUAAUUGACAGUAGAGAGGAAAUGCAGUGAAUAAACAUUUUACAUAAACAGUUCUAAAAAAGUCAAAUUUUAUAUCGAGUAUUGUUGUUUUAGCUCAACAUGCUGUAUACAUACAUUCAGUUGUUACUGGUGAAAAUUAUAAAAUGGACUGUUCUUCAGAAACUGGUAACGGUAGAGUCACAUGGAUAAAAAAUAAUAAACCAUUGAUACUAACAAAUAGAAAUAAAUAUGAAGUUGAAAGUCGUAACGUUGUUAUAAUUAAAAAUGUAACAAAAGAAGAUGUUGGAAUUUAUUUUUGUGAAAGUAAAAAUAAAGAUUUUUCAAGAAAAUAUUUAUUGACUCUUAAAAAUGAACAAGAUAUACCACUAACAUUUGAAACUGUUGGUGACGAGACUGGUCUCUAUUGUUAUCCUGAUCAUAAAAUAACGACGGGUAGUAAUGAUGUUUGGUUAAAAGAUGGCAAAAUAUUACCAAAUGAUAGUCAACAAAACAAAUAUAUCUAUGAUGAACAUGUUUUAUCAAUAAAGAACAUUACGAAAAAUGAUGCUGGUGUUUACUCCUGUCAACAUUCUGGCAGUGUUCAUCCUAUGACCAGAUUAAUUGUAGAAAAGAAUAGAUCACACACAAAUCGAAUGUAUGCAUUUGCUGAUGAGGAUAUCGGUCUUGAAUGUUAUCCUGGUAAUAAGAUUAAAUUAGAUCAUAAUGAUGUUAUCUGGUUGAAAGAUGACAAACCAUUAUCACUCGUUAAUAACCAAGAUAAAUACGUUCAGGAUAAAACUCUCUUAUUAAUUUAUAAUCUAUCAAAUGAAGAUACUGGCGUUUAUUCGUGUAAAUAUUCUGGUGGUAUACAUGUUGUGGAAAAUCUAAUUCUUCUACCGGUAGUGAUGAUGCAGUGCUUUGAUCAAGAAACGUCACAACAUAUAGGAAAGAAGUUUUUAAGAGAUGUUUUGCAUAAAAUGGCAGCAUAA